AACCAAUACGUUCACAUGACCAUGACCAAGCAGGACGAGAUCAAGACCAUGCAGCUGUACCGUCAUUUGGAUCGGAUUGAUCGUCGCCUGAAAGAGUUGGGCUACACCAGCAAGGACAUCCCAGUGGAUCCGGAGCAGUUAGGUACUCUGGACUCGCUACAUUUCUUCGGCGACGAGCCUAUUUGUCACAUUGUGGCGCUGCUGGACGAAACUCCGAAUGAAAAGAAGGUGCUGGACAUCGGUACGGGCUUCGGAGGCACAGCUCGACUGCUAGCACACCGUAGUGGGUGCAAAGUGGACGCUUUGGAGUUACAACCCGACCUGAGUGAGGCUGGUCGAGAGCUCACUCGACGUUGCGGACUAAACGACCAAGUCUCGCACUUGAGCGGGGACUUCUUGGAGCUUCCAAUUCGAAAGAAAGAGUACGACGCAGUGAUAGGGUUGCUGUGCUUCCUGCAUAUCGGCCAUUGGCGCCAGCUCUUCCAACGGUGCUACGAUAGUCUCAAACCAGGUGGGUUCCUGUAUGUCGACGAUUUUUUUCUUCGUGGGGAAAACUUGACACACGAAGACAAACUCACGCUCAAGCAAGAUAUUUACUGCUCCGAUUUACUGCGUCAAGAGGAGAUUCGAGCUGUACUGAAAGCUUGUGGCUUUGAGGAGCUCGAUUUUCAAGAUAUGACGGACAAGUGGCUGCCGUAUGUGUCCGACCGAUCCACACAGUACCAUGCAGCACUGGAAACCCACAAGGCUCGUGACGGCGAGGCGGCAGCUCAUGACCUUGACCACUUCUACUCUCGUGUAGCACUUCUAUUCCGUGCUGGAAAUGUGGGAGGUUACACGCUGAUCGUGCGUAAACCGCUUUGA